UAUGGGGUGAGCACUCUAGUCAAAUGGUUCUGCUGGAGCAGGCGUGAUGAAUUAUAGUGUCUAAUUUGAAUAGGGGUUUCUGCAGGAUAGGCUAUUGCUUCUUCCGUAUUUCAAAGUCCACUUGUAACUUCCGUGUUUCGAAGGCUAUCUCACUGGGUCAAGCGGUUUAUCACAAUGAGGUCCAUCCCGGAAGACUUGACGACACUCAUUUCAGAUCUGGAAACGUUUUUAACCGAUGUCCUUAAAGGGGAGAAUUUGAGCAAGAAAGCAAAAGAGAAAAAGGAUGCCUUUAUCAAGCGCAUUAAAGAUGUGAAAUCGAGCUACUCUCAAGAUUUCAAGGACAAACGAGAUGAAGAGCUUCCAGAGCCUGAUGAAGCGGACACUAACGAUGGAGGAUCACUGCAGUCAGAGCAGACUGACAGAGAUGAGGAAAGCGCUUAUGAUGGAGUUCAACAGUCUCCUCCGGUGGCAGCUCAGGAUCUUCAGUCCAUUUUAAAGAGUGGCUAUCUGGAGAAGCGCAGAAAGGAUCACAGCUUCUUUGGCAAUGAAUGGCAGAAGAGAUGGUGUGCUUUAAGCAACAACAUAUUCUACUACUAUGGCAGUGAGAAAGAUAAACAGCAGAAGGGAGAGUUUAAUAUUGUCGGAUACACAGUCAAAAUGAACAACACCCUGCGGAAAGAUGCAAAGCGAGAUUGCUGCUUUGAGAUCUCUGCUCCAGACAAGCGUGUAUAUCAGUUCUGUGCUGCGUCUGAGAAAGAUUCAAAAGAGUGGGUGGAGCACAUUGACUUUCUGAUCAAAGACAUGGGUGGAGUCAUUCCUGAAGAUGAAGAAGAGUAUGAUGACUGCUUACCUAUGAACCAACCAACCAACCAUCCUGCACCUAUUGAUGAUGACAUUUAUGAAGAACUCCCAGAGGAAGAUACACCCCAACCUGUUAAACCAACAGUGACCCUGGCCAACAAACCCCCACCACCAUCUACCCCUGUGACAGCAGUGACCAAGAGCACAGACUACGCCAAUUACUUCCAGGGCUUGUGGGAUUGUGCUGGAGAGCAUCCCGAUGAGCUGUCCUUCAAGCGAGGAGACACCAUCUACAUCCUCAAUAAACAGCAGAAGGGAGAGUUUAAUAUUGUCGGAUACACAGUCAAAAUGAACAACACCCUGCGGAAAGAUGCAAAGCGAGAUUGCUGCUUUGAGAUCUCUGCUCCAGACAAGCGUGUAUAUCAGUUCUGUGCUGCGUCUGAGAAAGAUUCAAAAGAGUGGGUGGAGCACAUUGACUUUCUGAUCAAAGACAUGGGUGGAGUCAUUCCUGAAGAUGAAGAAGAGUAUGAUGACUGCUUACCUAUGAACCAACCAACCAACCAUCCUGCACCUAUUGAUGAUGACAUUUAUGAAGAACUCCCAGAGGAAGAUACACCCCAACCUGUUAAACCAACAGUGACCCUGGCCAACAAACCCCCACCACCAUCUACCCCUGUGACAGCAGUGACCAAGAGCACAGACUACGCCAAUUACUUCCAGGGCUUGUGGGAUUGUGCUGGAGAGCAUCCCGAUGAGCUGUCCUUCAAGCGAGGAGACACCAUCUACAUCCUCAGCAAGGAGUAUGACAUGUUUGGCUGGUGGGUGGGGGAGAUGAAAGGGGCCAUCGGAAUCGUGCCUAAGGAGUAUCUUCUCGAUUUGUACGUGCUGUAAAGGGUCUGAGGAAAACUCUGAUGGCCUGCUGUUGUAGCUUCAUGUUCCACAAGUCGCUUACUCUUUCUGUGUGUUUCUAUUAUUCUGUGUGAUAUGUAAAGCAAACUGCCAGUUCAAAAGCACAAGUGAUUGUGAAAUACAUGAAGGAUGUGAAGCUUAUCUUUUGCUGAUUAUUUAAUUAUCACGUGUGGACUGAGUGAAUGUAACCCUCUUUUUUUGUCUUUCAAAGGCAUUCAGUUGUAGGUAAAAACCUGUAUGAAAUAAAGCUU